AUCGCAUGGUCACUCCGCUGCGCAAGUUUUGAAAAAUUGAGAUCGCUUUUAUUUUUUUUUUAUUUCGCCAUACAUUAUCAAUAUUCUUUGGACUGCCACACCCAUUGCCACCCACGACAAUGGGUCCUCAAGCCAAAAGAAGAAAGGUCGCCAGCAAAGUCGAGGAGAUCAACUUCGACGCUGCUGACCGCGAAUCGUUUCUUACAGGCUUUCGCAAGCGGAAGCAACAAAGAAUCAAACAUGCACAAGAAGUGGCAAUCAAAAAAGCGAAAGAGAUGAAGAGAGAGGAGCGCAAGAGGAUUCGGGAAGAACGCACUGCUGGCUUCCAACGUGCAAUCGAAGAACAUCAGAGACAGCUCAAAAAGCUGCAGGCAGCGGAAGAGGGCAGCGAUGGAUCUGAUCAGGACAGCCAGGACGAGGAUGUUGAGGAUCAGGAUUGGGAGGGGUUCACGGAACCCCCCGCCGUCGACUACGAAGCUGAAUAUAUCGACGAAGACAAAUAUACGACGGUGACGGUAGAGGAAAUGGAUACUUCCAAGGAAGGACUUUUGCGAUCAGCGGUCGACGAAUCAGACAUUGAAACCGAAGAAUCGGAGGCAGGCUCCAAAGCAACUGCCGAUCCCAACCCCUCUGCCGAACAAAGCAAGAAGCGAAAGGCGGACAACAAGCCCAAGAAGAAGAAGAAAAAGUUCCGUUACGAAAGCAAGGAAGAGCGCAAGGUAACCAGAAUGAAGGAGCGCGCAUCGAAAUCGAGGAAGGCAAACGCCCGACGCGAGCGAUCGUGAGUGGACUUGACUUGAAUUCAAUCAACAGAUGGUGAUAAUGCACAUGGACACUCCUAUUAAAUAUACUCUAUGUACCUUCUGGCAACGAUGAAAUGUUUGACGUCGAGUGGAAGAAUAGACAAGGUUGCGAGGACGAGCGGAAAACCGGUUGAUGGGAACAAUAACAAAGCCAGCUAGAUGACAAGACGGACAGAGACUGCCAAAG